UGUAUGUUCGGGCUGCUUUCAAAGGAGAGCUUUUGCACCUGUGUUCCCCUGCCUUUGUCCUUCGUGGUAAAGUUUUUUGCAGCUCUUAUACUAACACUUGGUUCAUCCAUUUCGGCGGACCUGUUAUCACCAAGAAACCCAAGACAUUUGAGAUCGAUUGCGCAAGUGAUGGAAGCAGGGGGAUGUAGUGUAGUGAGCGCCGACUUUACGCUUUAAAACAUUGAUGGCCUCGACUGUUGUUUCGGCGUUAACGUGUGCCAGUCCACAACCAAGUCCGGGAAGGUUUUUGCUCGGUCCAGCGAGCACUCACGGUUUCGCUCGAGGAGCGCUUUACGCACCGUCUUUAAAGGCUGCAGAAGAAUGUGUUUUUUACGGUUGCAAUUGCCGCCCAUAUGCAAAAAGUACAUUCAGUCCCGUUCUUGACUGCCAAACACAUACGAGUUGAGCGGACGGGCUGCUCCGCCGCUGCAGAAGAAAGUGCAGGACGCUUGUUGUGUUACUCCAAAACGAGUUUAUAAGCGACGAGACGACGUCGUGCGUCUCGUUUGGCUUUAAAUCGUUUCAUCGAGGACGUAGAUUUCUCAAAUUGCUCCGACUUCCUGCUUCUGUGCGGCCGUUUUGAUAGGCUGUGUUGGCAAUUAGUGUUUGGCACGUUCCUCUCAGAGCUCGACUUUAUGCUCCAGCUCCUGAUACUCAGGUCUUCUACUCUGCAAGCCCACGAGGCCGCUCCUCCAGCCUUUGAUGCCCACACUCUUUGAAGCAGGUGGACAGACAUAGGCAUGAGUCACAGUGGGACCAAAGAGCCGUCUCCCGAGCCAAGCACUGCCCAGUCACCUCCUGAGCCUCAGCGCAGGGGCAGGGGUCGGCCACGGAAACAGCAACAGGAGCCUGUUGGACCACCGACUCCAAAGCGACCAAGAGGACGACCAAAAGGCAGCAAGAACAAAGGCCCCAGAACUGCACUGAAGAAAGUAGAGCCUGUUGGGGAGAGACGACCUCGUGGGCGACCAAGGAAAUGGCCCCAGAAAGUAGUUCAAGAAGUAACUGAAGAGCAGCAGGGCCCUUCAGAAGAAGGUGAGGAGGGUCCCUCGCAGAUUGAGCCCUCGUCAUCUCAGGUUCCAGCACAGGAGGAAGGGGAGUAGAUAGGAUGCCUCUCUACCUACCUCAAGGUUUGGCCUCAAACAAACAGGGGUACAAUCUGACUCCUAUUUGUGAUAGGGAUUCAGGAACACACCCACACACACAAAAUCAUUGCAGACAGUGGUUUCUUCUCCUCAACCAUGGAUUUGUUGGGUGAACAUUUGAUUUGAUUUGAUCUUUGGAUAGGGCUUUUUUUUUGUAGGGAAUAGUUUGACAUUUUAGGUUAUUUACUUUAUUGCAGAGAGCCAGAUGAGAGGAUUAAUGCCACUCUCCUGUCCACCAGCAGCCGGUUAGCUUAGUUUAGCACAAAGCCUGGAAACAGAGGGAAACGGCUAGCCUCGCUGUGUCUAAAUCUGUCUUCUAGCACCACUAAAGCUCACUAAUUAACUUGUUAUAUCUUGCUUGUUUAAUCCCUACAAAAAGUUAAAAUGACAGUUUGUGGUUUUACAGGUGUUAUGUGCCUUUGAGCUUUAGAAAUGCAGGCAAAUUUUGUUACCUUUUGAAAGAGGCAGGCUAGCUGUUCCCCUCUGAUUUCAGUCUUAACGCUAAGCUAAGCUAAGCUAAGCUAACUGUUUUUCAUGGUAUUAAUAUUCUUAUCUUACUCUCAUUAAGAAAGCAAAGAAACAAAUUACCCAAAAUGUUGAACAGUUACUUUAAAGAUGCACGCUUUCCUGAACCCCUCAGUGUGUAUGUGUGUGGGGAGGUGUGUGUGU